AUGGACAUCGAUGGAGUCGUGGAGCCUGUGGUACCUGAGACAUUAACACAACAAAUAAUACCUGUUGCAUCUACUCCUACUGAAAAUACAACUAAAAAUAGUGAUUUAUUAGAUGUAGAAGACAAAACGCAGGUACAUGAUAGGGAAUUGAAAACUGAGGCAACAGAACUGCAACAAUCAAAGAUUAUCAAAUUACAUAAUUUUGUAGUAACUAUGAUUUGUCAAGACUUACAACCCUUAAGCAUAGUCGACGACAAGGGAUUCAUUGAACUUCUUCGUGAACUUGAACCUCGGUAUCAAUUUCCAAGUCGAAAUACCUUAAGACACACCAUUUUGCCACAAGUAUACAAGAGUGUUAAAGAUUUAAUUAUGAAAAAUCUACAGCAAAUAGAUUACGUUUCCAUCACCACAGAUCUUUGGACAAAUUUAAAUAAGCAAUCUUAUCUAACAGUAACCAGCCAUUAUUGUUUACGAAAUAAAUCAUAUUCAAAUGUUCUGGCCACUAAAGCUUUGAAUGAAAAUCAUACGAGCGAAUAUAUAACACAUAUACUGAGAAUUAUUUUAUCAGAGUUUCAAAUAUACGAAAAAACUGUUGCAGUUGUAACAGAUAAUGCAGCAAAUAUGAAAGAUGCUGUACUUAAUCUGGGAUAUUUACAUUUACCAUUUAAGUAUUUUAAGACUGACGUCGCUGCAGCAGAAAAAUUGACAAGCAUUCAAACACAAUUUGGGUUGCAAACAUUAAAAUUAAAACUGGACGUAUCAACCAAAUGGAAAUCUUCUCUUAUAAUGCUAGAACGGCUAGUCGGUUUGAAGGUUCCUGUAUCUGCAGCUUUAAAAUCACUAUCUAGCUGUUCUGGAGACAUAAGUAACCAACAAUGGGAAAUUAUAGACGAUAUCAUAUCAGUAUUACAACCAAUAGAAUAUGUAUCUACGAAAUUAAGUGCAGAAAAAUUUUCUACAGCUUCGAAAAUAAUACCAUUCAUAGGAGGAAUUGAAAAUGCACUUCAGAAUAUUAUACCCAAAACGAGACCUGGACUUGCUUUGAAAAUUAAUAUAAUAUAUAAUAUUGAACGCAGAUUUGUCGACGUAAAAGGAAAUAAAAUUACAACAAUGGCAACAAUAAUAGAUCCCAGAUUUAAAACAGCCACUCUCGAAGAUUUAAGAAAUGCAGACACAGCGAGUGGAGAUUUAAAAACGGAAGUUCAAA